ACCGAAGGCCUCAGUCCCAACCACCGCCACCACCUCCCCCAAUCCCAAAAAUUCGUUGCUUUCCAGACAAGCACGCACAGGUCCAUUUCUUCCAGAAUUUCAGACUUUGAGCAGCACCAGAUCGAGUACCCCCUCCCACUCUCAGCAGCGGGCAAGGUAGCAUAGCACAGCAGCUGGUGGAAGCAUCUCAUCUCAUCUCAUCAUCGAUCGAUCCCCUUCUCCCCCUCCCUCCCUCGCCUUUCACACUCCCCAACGCCUGUAAAGCAGCAGAGCACCAAGCUGCAAGCAGAGACUGUCACAGACAGGAUAGCCACUCAUCUUCCCUCUUGCUUUGCUUCUCUCAUCUCCCUCGCCAGUCGCCACAAUUCGUCGGCCCAGAAACUCAUGCAGAUCCUCUCGGUUCUAGAGCUUGGCAGGCUCAGCAUGGCCUGACGGAGCAGAGAUUUGCUCCUCUCGUCUCUGUUCCCUGUGAUUCUUCUCCAUCUUCUUGGUCUUCCAUGGCCGCAAUGUUCAAUCCUCCUCCGGCUCCGAUGGCUCUUGGGCCGCAGCCGACGUGGAUGCCCUACGAGCCGACGAGGGAUUGCUCCCAGGGCCUGUGCAGCAUGUACUGCCCGCAGUGGUGCUACUUCAUCUUCCCGCCCCCGCCGCCGGUCUUCGACAUCGCCGGCCCCAGCGGCGACGGCGAUGACUCCUCCGGCCCCGCCUUCUCGCCCCUCGUCAUCGCCAUCAUAGGGGUGCUCGCCAGCGCCUUCCUCCUCGUCAGCUACUACACCAUCAUCUCCAAGUACUGCGGCACCUUCAGCUCCCUGCGGAACAGACUCUUUGGCCCCGGCGCCGGCCGCGGCGGGGGUGGCGGGGGCGGCGGCGACGGCCGCGGCGAUUCCAGGGGCCAGGAGGAGUGGGAGGUCGCGCCGUCGGACGGGAUGGACGAGACGCUGAUCAGCAAGAUCACCGUGUGCAAGUACAAGCGCGGCGACGGGUUCGUCGACUCCACCGACUGCUCCGUUUGCCUGGGCGAGUUCCGGGACGGCGAGAGCCUGCGGCUGCUGCCCAAGUGCAGCCACGCCUUCCACCUGCCGUGCAUCGACACCUGGCUCAAGUCGCACUCCAACUGCCCGCUCUGCCGCUGCAACAUCGCCUUCGUCUCCGUCGGCAUGGUUUCGCCGGAGCCGGAGGGCCGUGCUGCGCCUGCGCCACGGGAGGACCGGAGAGGCAGCCAAGAAUUCGCUCUGACGAUCGACGACUACUCCUCCGGGCAAGCGCGCGAAGAGCCACAGACCGUGCCGAGCAGCAACGGCGGCGACAAUCAGGAGGCUAAGGAUCGCCCGGGGAGAUCCGAGGCGGCCAAUGGCGUAGUGGUCGAGAUCAGAGAGGACGGUGCCGCCCCGCCGGCCCCGGCCAGGGCGCCGCCGUCGAUGCCGGACACGCAGCGUGAAGCCCGCAUGUCCAUUGCCGACGUGCUGCAGGCCAGCCCAGAAGACGAGCGUACGGUGGCCAGGGAGGGCGGCCUCCCGCAGGCAGGCUCCUCGAGGCGGUGCCACGGGGAGCACAGCAAGGACGGCGGCGGCCGAGCAGCGCCGGAUGCACCGACGAAGAAGCUGCCGCCGGCUGGCAGGUCGUGCUUCAGCGGCAAGGGUGGCGGAAGAGGGAAGGAUCCAGGCCCUCCAGUGUGAUUUCAUUGCGGCGAUGAUUUCUCAGGCAUUCUUCUUCCUCUGUUAACCACUAGUAGAACACUUGACCGUGAUGAUACUUUUCCGUCGUGUGCUUCCGGUGGAGAUCACGUCGCCAGCCGAACGAAAAUCUGGAGAUUUCUUCUUCAUCGUUAUGAUCUCUGCUUGCGAAUCGCCAGCAUGCUGCACAAAUCCUCUCUGUGCAACUGCAAUGGCUGCACCUGCUGACUGGUGAGAUGUCCCGCACCUGGUUGGUGAUUGUGCAACUCUGCUAGACAAAUUGUAUAGGAAAUGAUUUCUCUUCUUCUUCCAUGUUGCCUCUCCUCUCUCUCUCUCUACACGAUUGGAUUCUGCUCCAGGACAUUCUCUCUGGAUUAGUGAGUUAACUGUAUCUCAUUAGGCGAAAUGUUUUGUUUGCAAUGGGGAGCGUGGCCGCUUCACCUUUUGUCGCA